UCACGCGUGUGUACGUCGGUGAACGUGUUCGUCUAUCGCGUUCGUACGUCGUGUGUCGCGGUUGCUUUACAUCAGUUUUAAAAACGAUUGUUGUGACGAGGACAUUUGCUCCGUUGUACGUGGCUGCGAUUUGCAUCUCCACGGAGCGACACCGGUCCACAGCGAUGCCGGAAACGUAAGGGACGCUCCGGAGCGUCAACGAAGGGCUGAUGCAGAAAUGGUGACGACUUUCAGCGUUCAACAACUGGGCGUUCGUCCUGCGGGAGAUAGAAACCAGAAGUAAGGAUGGCCUUUCACUGGGAUAAGCUCUCACCGGCGGAAUUUCAACAGCUCCAGGACUUGGCAGCUUAUUCCACGCGAAAGCUACAGGAUGUGCUCACCGAGUUCUGUGGUUCGAAUACGACGCCCAGCGGAGCGCCGAAAUAUCAUCCGGACGGGGACAUCGAUUAUGAUGGAUUCCGCAAGUUUCUGGAUACCUAUCUGGAGGUUGCGACACCUGACGAACUGUCCAGACAUCUGUUUCUUUCGUUUGUUAAGAGGGUACCGCGUGGGGUCGAUGGAAAGGCUUUUAAGGAAAUGGCAGUAUUAUCAUCAACAACCGCCUGCGCAGCGAUCACAUCGCACACAACAUCCAGCAGCAACGUGAACAGCACAGGUCUGCCAGGUGGCACAUCGACGGAGAGUCACGGUGGAUCAUCGUUGGCCGAUAAAAUUCACGGUCUGACAGAGAAGUUGCAAGCGUUGGGACACCAUAGAACGGAAAGCGAGGCCUCCACCAGGGCUCGUACCGGAAGCGUUCAUCCCAUACUGACGAUACAGCACACAUCCUACAGCUGCCACGACGUGAUCGAGAAGAAGAGCACAGACAGCAGCCCGAGUCACAGCCAAAUGUCACGGAAUUCGUCCAGGAAGUCGAACAAUUCGCUGCUCGUCAACAACGGGAAAUUGGAAGAGAUGAGACACCUGGUCCGAAAGCAGAGCACGAUAGACGUUCAUUCGGUUAAAGUCAGCCUGAAAGAUAUCGUGUGCUAUCUCUCGUUGCUGGAAGCUGGUAGACCUGAAGAUAAACUUGAGUUCAUGUUUCGGCUGUACGAUACGGAUGGAAACGGUGUUCUUGAUACCAACGAGAUGGACUGCAUUGUCAAUCAGAUGAUGAAUGUCGCUGAAUAUCUCGGCUGGGAUGUCACGGAAUUGAAACCGAUACUGCAAGACAUGAUGAUAGAAAUAGACUACGACGCCGAUGGCACGGUAUCUUUGGAGGAAUGGAAAAGGGGUGGUCUUACAACGAUUCCGUUGCUGGUGCUUUUGGGCCUGGAUUCCCACGUGAAAGAGGACGGCAACCAUCUUUGGAGGCUAAAACACUUCAGUAAACCCGCCUACUGCAAUCUCUGUUUGAACAUGUUGGUCGGUCUCGGCAAGAAAGGUCUUUGUUGUGUCUUUUGCAAGUACACGGUCCACGAGAGAUGCGUUCAAAGAGCGCCAGCUUCUUGCAUAGCCACCUACGUGAAGAGCAAGAAGACGUCACAGACGAUGGUACACCACUGGGUCGAAGGCAAUUGUCACGGCAAAUGCUCGAAAUGUAGAAAGACCAUCAAAAGUUACAACGGUAUCACCGGAUUGCAUUGCAGAUGGUGUCAGAUAACUUUGCACAACAGAUGCGUGUCGCAAGUGAGGGCAGAGUGCACACUUGGGGAACACGCGGUCCAUAUCCUCCCACCGACGGCCAUUUGCCCUGUCGUUCUCGACAGACAACGAUCGUUGUCCAGGGACAGUAAAAGGGGCAGCAAACAUGGACAGGAAUCGUCUACCGUCAGCACUAGCGGGUUUCUGACGUCCGCAAGUGCCACCAGCCAGCAGCCAGCGAUGUCCUUCCAAAUUACACCGCCCCCCGACACAGUACCCCUCCUAGUGUUCAUCAAUCCAAAAUCCGGUGGGAGGCAGGGAGAACGUAUGUUAAGGAAGUUCCAGUACAUCUUGAACCCACGUCAGGUCCAUAAUUUGGCAGUGGGUGGACCCAUGCAGGGUCUGCAGAUGUUCAAGGACGUGGAGAACUUCAAGGUGAUAUGCUGCGGCGGUGACGGUACCGUUGGAUGGGUCCUCGAAACGAUGGAUCGUGUGCAGUUUGAACAUCAACCCGCUGUCGGUGUCAUACCUUUAGGCACAGGAAAUGAUCUAGCAAGGUGUUUGCGAUGGGGCGGUGGUUACGAGGGCGAAGCCAUUCACAAAGUCCUCAAAAAAAUAGAGAAAGCGACAACUGUGAUGAUGGACCGCUGGCAGAUUGAAGUACUCGAUCAGAAGGACGAGAAGAAACCGAACCAAGACAGUAUACCGUACAAUAUCAUAAACAAUUACUUCUCCGUGGGAGUGGACGCCGCCAUUUGCGUAAAAUUUCACAUGGAGAGGGAGAAGAACCCGGAGAAGUUCAACAGCAGGAUGAAGAACAAGCUUUGGUACUUCGAGUACGCGACCACAGAACAGUUUGCUGCUAGCUGUAAAAAUCUUCAUGAAGAUCUCGAAAUCAUUUGCGACGGAACACCCUUAGACUUAGCUCACGGCCCUUCACUCCAAGGCGUCGCGUUACUGAACAUUCCUUUCACCCACGGAGGCUCAAAUCUCUGGGGUGAGCACCACACGAGGCAUCGUCUUGGCAAACGGAAGAAGCGACCCGACAAAGAACUGAGCACCAGUAGCUUUAACUCUGUAGAUCUCACUGCUGCGAUACAAGACAUUGGGGACAAUCUGAUAGAGGUAAUUGGAUUGGAGAACUGCUUGCACAUGGGCCAAGUCAAAACUGGCCUUCGUCAUUCUGGUAGGAGGUUAGCUCAAUGUAGCAGCGUCACUAUCACCACGAGUAAACGUUUUCCAAUGCAGAUCGAUGGGGAACCAUGGAUGCAAGGCCCGUGCACUAUUCACAUAACGCAUAAGAACCAGGUACCAAUGCUGAUGGCCCCUCCGCCAGAAAAGGGUCGCGGUUUCUUCCGUUUCUUGAGGAGGUGAACUCGCUCUAAAGACGAAAUCGAGGAAUAAACCUCGGUUUUACCUAUCCAAACCUAGUCCCGGUUUAACCUUCUCUUGAUUAAAGACGGAAGCGAAAGCGUAUCAGUUCGGUCGUACUUAACGUAGCUUCAGUGCUCGUUCGAGCGCGAUGAGCGAGCUUCAACGUAACUUAGGUAUUCUUGUGUACAGUAUUUUUUGAGAAUAAUAAUAAUGAUAACGAAAAGAAAAAAAACGCAUCGUUCGUCUUAGAGUUUAGGAUCAGCGGUAGGCUCGUCGGUCUUCGUGCUUCGUAGCUCGAUACGGGGAUAAUAUUAAUGGAUCGUUUUUUGUAUAACGCCGAAAAGCGACGACAAACUCUUUGUUCUCGAAAUCCGUGGCUUGAGUCUACCGCUUUAAAAUACGCAAGUACAAGCCUGUAUCGCAGUCGAGCGUAUAAUUAUACCGACACGAAGAUUGUACGGUAUCAUGCAAAAGAGAAUAAUUUCGUAGGUUUAUCUUCUUAGAUAAAUGUUCUUUGAUCGUUAUUUUGUUCUUCGCUAUAUCGCAAGGGUUUCGUUUCCUCAACACACGUAAAACACGACAGGAUAACUCGAGGAUAAACGGAUCAUUUGUCACGAAAACUUUUGGUUAAGAUUGUCUGUUGUAUGUUAUUUUGUACGAUAUAUCUUGAUCUGUGUAUCCUUGACUGGUCUCGCAAACCAUUUACUUUUAUAAAAAUGAACGACGCAAAUAAUUCGAUCCUCUUUUUUGCACGACUCCGUCCAACAAUCAAAAAUCUACUUUCCUCUCUUAACGUUAGGGUUUUUGUACGGAAGCUUAGUCGUAACCGCUUAGACGUAAAUCACGUACGAUUGGUUUAUUUAUUUAUUUAUUUAUUCGUCCGAAUUAUUUAUUUAUUUGACGGCCGCCCGGAGCCGAGCAAUAUACGUUGUGAGCAUAUCAGUAGAUACAGCGCGACUGUAAAAUAUUCUGUAAGGUUUAGUUCAUGGUUUGUCUUUCGUAUGAAUCGCGAAAGAAGUAACGAACAUUGUGCGUAUACUUUCGAUUAUAAUUAAUUAAAUCUCUAUUUUAUCGUUCAUCGACCACUCGCUACAAUUAACGAUGAAUUAUUAAGCGUAGAUCACGCAUGUAUUGUAUCGAGUGCUAGAAGUAGGAAUCAACUCGUAGAUACACAAAGUAUUGUGAAGUUUAAUCGAAGUCGAUUCAGCCAACGUGUUAAACACGAUCAGUAUUGCGCUAUCGAGUUCACAGAAUUUUUCGUAGGAUUCUCUCGCUGUAUUUAGCACGCAUUUCAUUAUUAGCGAAGUUCAGUUCUUUUAUUGUCAAAUAAUUAAAUAUCCACCCACAUCCUGAAGCAUUUUUCAAAUUUUCCGUCCGACUAUAGAAAUAAACCAUAGUACGCAAUUAUGUAUUCGUAUAAGUUGCCGCUUUAUUUCGCAUUUCGAAACGUCAAUUUCGAGGAAGCUCAUGUAGUAGCAAUAUCGAACAGCAUGCUUCUGAGAAGAUAAUUUUUAUCAUCGCAGAUGUCUGUUUCCUCUCAUGCUUUUGUAUAAAAGAAGUUCGUGUAGCGUACGAUUCUGAGCAACAUCCCGCAGGGACCAUCACCAUGUAACGAUAUAAAACGACCAUAUUUAGCCUUGUGUAAUGUUUCAAUUCAACCAGCGAUUUUCUUUUUACUACAUAUCUUUCAUCCUCACUAAACGAAACAAUGUACUUGAUAGAGAGAGCGUUUUAAAGCAUUUCGAGUCAAUAUUUUCGAGCAUGUAUUUCGAUCGUUUUACCAUGUAGGAAUUGAUAACGAUUUCUUCUCGUUUCCCUCGAUAUACGCAUACUUCCCUUUAGCGAUUAUACGAUCGACUAUACAUGAUACAUAUAGUUGCUCUCGUUAGACGAAUCGAAAUAUUACGCUUAUGUAUAAUGAUACAACCCGUGUUAAGGUCUUAAUCGUUAAGUCGUUAUCCAUUAGCGUGAAAAUCGGACGAGGUUGCAUGACUUUGCGACUCCUGUAAAUUAUACUGGUCUCGAGAAUUUAGGAAUUUCAGGAUUUGGGAAUUUAUGGAUUUGAAAAUGUGGAGAUUCGAAAAUUAGAAAUUUGUAAAUUUGUCAGAAAAUGAGGGACCAGUAUAUUCCAGCAUAUUUGACCCACAACUGGUAAAAGUAAAUAUGCAGUCCGAUAGACUGGUUACCAGUUUCGGGUUAAUCGGUCGUGCUCCCUUCGUCGCGAAUCUGUGAAUACUAUCGGCACAAUAAUUACAAAUAUUGUUUUUCUAUUGGAUUGGCGCAGUGUCUCAGUGUGCUUGUCAUCGUAUGACUUAUGGUAUUAAAAAAGACCCAAUCAAAAAAAGAUAGAAAGAAAAUGCGAGAAACCGUAGGUUUUUAACCCUUGAUGCAAUGAACAAAUUCUGUUCGAAUUUUUAAUCGAUAUACUUAUAGGGUUAUCUGCUUUGAUGAAGUAAAUAAAAUACUUGUAUUACAAAAACUUUAAAUAAUAUAGACAUUGAGAUUUUUUCCACAAGUAUUCAUCUUUUUUUAUAAUAUCGACUUUUCGGUAUCUUGUGUUUUUCAUUUACGAAGAUUUGAACGGAUUAAAACAGAUCACCCUGUAUAUAGAAAUAACGUAUCAAAAUCGACAAUAGUGCUCGUCAAUUAUUCCUUUCUUUUAAAACCUGAUAAAUAGAAGUUGAUGAAACAUUAUUUUCAAUGACGAAAAAGUAUCUUGGCGAUCAAAGAAAGUAAUUGAAAAGCGUAAUAAAACACUGAGACAACAGAAUAAAAUACCUGGAAAUAUCGGUUUUAUCAGUUCUGCGAAUAUUCGAAUUUUUUCUACAACCCUGCUUUGAAAUUUUUUAUAAUUCGCUUUUCAACCUUGUCUGAAUUAUACCUAGAAUUUUGCAUGAAAAAAUAGGGGACCAUUUUUUUCUUUUCUCAGCACUAAUAUUUCAGACCUUCAGUUUUGAUUCAUCUUACAAUUUGAUCGCCCGGGAAACUCGAGACAAAUUAACGCAAAGGGUUGAAAAUAAGUAAACGUUUCAUCACAAUAAUUUCGAACACGAAUUGUGAUUUGUAGCCGUUAGGACGUUCGUAUUGGAUGAAUUUACUGCCACUUUUAUCUGGGUCUUACGUACGUUUGAGCACUACUGCCAUUUUCCAAAAGAUAUCCAUGUAUAAGAAGAAAAAAAGCCUGUCUAUUAUAGUGUAUUAUACGA